UCAUCAUUCUCAGCGAUAGGUGUAACUCCCCUCGCUACGCCACUGUAGGGAUUAUAUGUUCCGAGGAACCAUCUAGCUUAACAGUUCCUCAUUAGGAUCAGUUGCAGUUCUAGGAGCGAAACUGGAUUUACCACCUCUAAUAAUUACGUAGACGCCGAACGGUCGAGGCGGUUAAGGCAUCGGCCUAUUGUCCCACGAUGACAACAAGCUUAAUUAAUUAACGGGGCACAGUCGGGAAAAAUUUAAUAAUUAUGUUGAAAAACUUGAAUACAAGGAAGAUAUGCUUUUUGCAAGAACUGUUUUAGAUUUUUGUGAAAAUAUUCCUAUUGAUGAUUUCAUAUUUUGGUUAGAAGAGAUAUCUCUUGAAGAGGCUCUUUUAAUGCUAAAGAAAGAUGAGCCAUUGGAAAUCAUUGAAAGACCAAAAAAAUUAAUAACUGUUGAUGCUGAUCAGCAAGAAGAGAUAAUUCUGUCAUGUAAAGCAAAAGGGUUUCCUACACCAAAAUAUCUGUGGUAUCACAAUAAUGUUCCAUUAUUAGAAGGUUCGGUUUUAAAAUUAUCAGCAGAAUUAAAAAAUAAUGGAUGCUAUUAUUGUGAAAUAUACAAUAUCAGUCGUUCAAGAAUUAAAACUUUUCUUAGGACUUCUAAAACAGAAGUUAUAAUUUCUAAGAAUGAAAAAGUUUACAAUGGAAAUACAGAUGAGGUAGAUCAUCAAACCUGGGAUGAGAAAUGUUCAGCAAGUGAUAAAUGUGAUUCUGCUACAUCAAGUAGAAAUGAAGAAAUGGAGUGUGAAAAUGUAACAUAUUUUGCAACAGAUAAAUUUGCCCUCUUAAUUGGCAUCAAUAAAUAUGAACACUUUACCAAUUUAAAUCAGGCAACUCAAGAUGUCUGCGACUUAUCAAAAUUAUUGAAAACCAUUGGUUUUAAAACAUUCUUAUUUCAAAAUCUGACCCGAAAAGAAAUUAUAGAAGCUGUUAAUUUAUUUUGUACUUUUUUAAGACCUGGCACCUAUAGUUUAUUUUAUUUUGCUGGACAUGGCUUUGAACAGCCCAAACAAUGUUAUUUAUUGCCAAAAGAUGCUAAAAUGGCUCUACCAAAAGAAAGUAUAAAUGUUGAUUUUGUUGUGAAAUGCCUGCAAGAACGUACUACAGCUAUGAAUUUAAUUCUUUUUGAUAUUUGCCGUUCACUUCCAGAUGAAUAUUUAGAAGGAAAAUCAAAUCUUGGAAGAGUGUUUAAUCCACAACCUUCAAGGAAUACUGUUAUUGGAUAUGCAACGUCGUAUGCUUGUUCUUGCAUUGAAAUUAAAAACAGAAGUAGUAUAUAUGUACAGUAUCUUAAAAAAUACAUUACAAAGCCUUUAUCAGUUUGGGAAAUGUUAAGAAAAGUAAAUAGAGAUAUAGAAAAGGAUUCAACUGUUAAUAGUAAACAAUAUCCGAACAUAUCUGGAAAUUUAACUCGGCCGUUGAAGCUCACAGACAAGAUAAAUGGACAGGGAGAUAAAUUAUUUGAAAUGGAAUCAAAGCGUUGGGAAAUCCUUACUGGUGCACCAGAAGAUUUGAUCUUUAAAUGUGGCAAAUUUAAUCUCAUUCUGAAGUUUGUUAAUUAUCAAAAUUUCUCCAAUGUGUUACAAGCAUGUUUUUACAUGCAGGUACUUAGCAAUGAGGCAAUUGACGACUAUGAAGGUGUUUUAGAAUUUCCUGAUAGGGAGACUGAACUAGAUCAGAAAAAUGACAAAAUAGAUGACACACACAAAUUAUGUUGCAGCAUGAUUAUUUUCAAUAUACAGCAACAGGUUCUUCUCAAAGGAAGCUUAAAAGUGACUAAGAGAAAUGAAGAUUAUUGCUUUGAAAAAAACAUUUGCAUUCCAUUACCUUUAGCCCAAUAUAUGAGGAAACAUUUGUAUAAAAAGCAUGAAGUGAUUGAGGGACCUUUUAAGAAGUAGAAGAAAUGUUUCAGUAAAAAAUAGUACAGUCGACCCCCCUAUAAGAUAGAGAUACGUUCCAUUCUUUAGGAAUCCGAUUUCUUACGAAUCCUUCCAAUCACAACCCGACACGUGU